UUCCUAAUCUAAUGCCUCAUUUCUCAUCACCCCAUAUAAAUUUAUUUUGAAUUCAAUCAUUUUAUCUCAGCAUAUUUGCUUCACAGAUGGAUUUGUGGCUUAAGCUUAGAAGAACUUUCAUCCUUCUCUCCACCAGAAUCAAGCUUCGCAAAUCCGGGAUUGUUGCUAGAUGCCAAAGUGGCAGUGUGGUUAAAUUCAGCGGCGAUGUGGGUGAAACUGUUGGUGGAUUGUUGAAUCUUCGAGAUGAAGUGGAAAUGUGCGGUUACAAAGAUGUGGAGGUUAUGUGGAACAUGUUAAGCUUAAGCCUCACGCAUGAGCCAAUAAAAACCGCAAGAAGUAGUAAACCAAAAUUUCUAAGGGGUGGUUGCAAGCAAAGAUUGAAUUCGAGGCUGUUGUUUUGGACUAACCAUAACACAUAAAAAGUAAAUGCUCAAAGUUUAGUAUAUGUUAAUAUGUGAAUGUUUUGUACAGAAUAUGAUAUAAAUAUAAUGAGUCAAUUUCCUUUGCAGACCGCGUAGAGUUAAUUUCAUUACUUAUAAUUUGUCUCUCUGGACAUCAUAAUGAUAAUGGAAGGAAAUGUCUUGUUGUUUUAUGUCACAGCUAAGUGGUGAUGUGUAUUGGGGCUACAUUUAUCUAUUUUACAUUUCCUUUA